CUCUUACUGUUGAUACCGGUUGCAGUCGGUGUGUUGUUUAUACUGUCAGAAGAAAAUGGCUGCAUCCAGACCUGGGAAGGGAAAGAAAGUCGUGAACCAGGAGGAGUUACGGCGAUUAAUGAGAGAAAAGCAACGAGAAACAGCCGACAGAAAGAAACGAGUCGAAUCGCCUUUUGCAAAAUACAACAGCCUUGGUCACCUGAGCUGUGUGCUGUGCAACACACCUGUCAAGAAUGAGAUAUUAUGGCAAACGCACAUUCUCGGCAAACAACACAAAGAGAAAGCUGCAGAACUGAAAGGUGUCAAGCAUGUAGCUCCCAAUGCUUCAGCCAACCAGACACCUGCAGCUUCAACAUUGAAGAGGAAAGCACUGGGCUCUGAGAGUGUAGAGGUCAAAAAAGUAAAAGCAGCUUCUGGUGACCAAGCACAGUCUUCAUCUUCUUCAUCUGGGCUGCCAGCUGAUUUUUUUGACAGCAAAGGUAGUAAGGGGGUUCCCAGCUCCACAAAAUCUAAGCCUUUGGGGCUGAACUUGGUGGCCGGCGAAUAUGAAGAAAGUGAUACGGAUGAAGAAAAAGAAGCCGGUUCCAGUGAAGCCACUGGAAAUGGAAAUGCCCAGAAAAAUGCAGAGUUUCCACUGCCAGCUGCUCCUGGGCUGCCAGCAGAUUUUUUUGAUAGCAUAAUUCCACCUGCUCCUGCAGUGUCUCAUUCUGGAUCUAUUCACAAAGCUGACGAGCCAGAAAAGCUAGUGGAAAGGAAAGAUAACACAGCAGAAGCUCUGCCAGAGGGAUUCUUUGAUGAUCCAGUAAAAGAUGCCAAGGUGCGAAAAGUAGACGCACCAAAAGACCAAAUGGACAAAGAGUGGGACGAAUUCCAGAAGGAGAUGCGACAAGUCACCAAUGUUUCGGAAGCAAUCGUAGCAGAGGAUGAUGAAGAAGGGCGCUUGGAUCGGCAAAUCGGGGAGAUUGAUGAGCAAAUAGAGUGCUACCGUCGUGUCGAGGUGCUGAGAAACAAGCAGGAGGUGAUAAAAGAAAAACUGAAGAGCACAAUGGAAGCCAAAUCACUGCGCAGUACUGAUGAAAUCGACAGUGAGGAGGAGGAGGAAUUACAGGACCUGCUUUCAGGAGACUGGAGGGCUAAAGGAGCUCUGUCGUAACAACUGAUCCUUUUUGUUUUUUGUUUGAAUGAAGUCUGGAUUCAGAAAUGUAUAGGGCAGGAUUGUAUAGUUUUUUUUUGUUUUAACAGGAAUGCAGUCCUAAUCAUAUGUCUGGGGAAGUUGUUUAAAUCCAGUGUACUAACAAAAACAGUGUUUCUGUGUUGCACAUGUAUGUGUAAAGCAACACUUGUGCACUCUGUUUUACUCCAGCAUUCUGCUUGUUCAUUGAUACAGCUGGUCAUUAAAAAGUGUAUUCUA